UUUUGUGAAUUUGUGGAGAUCCCAACUCCCAAAGCAUUUUUUUGGCCACAUUCCCUAAGCAUUUAGAGGGUAUGAAUGCAAUAAUUCUUUUAUUCACAGGUCAUAACUAUAAAUAAGCUGAAAUUAUGGGUAAAAAAAGAGAGAAUAAUAUAUCUUCCCUUAUUUCGCUAAGUAAAUUACUAAAUAGUCCACUAUUACCCAACGGCUAGUACGUAAAACGGUAACCUCAACGGUCGAAAAUUUCAAAUCUUUUCUCCUAAAACCUCUCUAAAUCACAUCGAUUCUUCCUCAAACACUCUUCACUCUUCUCUCUAAAGGCCCUCUCUUUCUUCAUCUUUGACAUCACUGCAAAAAAAACAAAGAAAAGAAAUAGAAAACUGUGUUUUCGAAGAUGUUGCAAGACAUGUGGAAUGCUCCUCCUGGAUUCAGGCCUUCUAAGUCGGCCCCUACUUCUCCGGCGAAGCCUCUCGGGGUUUCAAGAACUCGGUCUGAGUCCUUCCAUGCCAUCCACAAAGUCCCAAUCGGUGACACUCCAUAUGUUAGAGCCAAGAAUGUUCAAUUGGUAGAUAAAGAUCCGGAGAGGGCGAUUCCUUUGUUUUGGGCAGCCAUUAAUGCAGGUGAUAGGGUGGAUAGUGCCUUGAAAGAUAUGGCCAUUGUCAUGAAGCAACAAAAUAGAGCAGAGGAAGCCAUUGAAGCUAUCAAGUCAUUGCGUAGUAGAUGCUCAGAUCAAGCCCAGGAGUCUCUUGAUAACAUUUUGUUGGAUCUCUACAAGAGAUGUGGAAGAUUGGAUGACCAAAUAGCAUUAUUGAAGCACAAAUUGUAUAUGAUUCAACAAGGGCUGGCUUUCAAUGGGAAGCGCACCAAGACAGCCAGGUCUCAGGGAAAGAAAUUUCAGGUCUCUGUGGAGCAAGAAGCAACUCGGUUGCUGGUAAAACAGUCUUCUCAUCCUUGGUUUUUAUAUAAUAAACGUAUAAACUUUAAAUGGAUACAUGCAUUUAAGAAUUUUCUUUUUCUUUUUCAGGGAAACUUGGGAUGGGCAUUGAUGCAGCAGAACAACUAUAUUGAAGCAGAAGAUGCUUAUCGCCGGGCACUUUCAAUUGCUCCAGAUAAUAACAAGAUGUGUAAUCUGGGUAUUUGUUUGAUGAAGCAAGGUAGAAUUACUAAGGCUAAAGAAACUUUGCGAAGAGUGAAACCAGCGGUCGCGGAUGGACCAAGAGGGGUAGAUUCCCAUCUCAAGGCCUAUGAGAAGGCGCAGCAGAUGCUUAAGGACCUUGAGUCUGAGAUGAUGAACAAGGUAGGGGACCGGAUUGAACAGAGUCGGCUCUUUGACGCCUUCCUUGGUUCUUCAUCAAUUUGGCAGCCCCAGCCUUGCAAGGAUCCUAUCAGCUUACCAACCGCAAAUGCAGUCAAAUCACAUGAUGAUUUUGCUGAUGAGAACAUCAAUUCGAAUAUAAUGACAAAUCAGAUGGUUGCUUUUCCUUUUGGAAAUUCUCUAAAUAUUGAUGCACCACCGUUCUAUUCAUCAAAAUUCGUGAAGGAUCCUGUUGUAAAAGAUCCAGCUGGGAAUCAAUUGCAUGAGACCCUCAAAAGAACAAGGUCCGGAAACUCUGCUAACUCUAUGAGAGUGAAUGAAAUGGAAGACUACACAAGGCCUUUUUCUGCAGAACCGGAAAAACCAGAGAUUAAGGCAAGAAGGCUCUCUCCUUCAUCUGAAGAGAAAGGAGACAAAUUGGCAGAUUUAUUACCCGAUAGCCAAGACUUUGAAGAGGCUAUCAUUGCUGCAGUUCUAGGCCCAACAAAUGAACCAGGGAAUGGGAUUGGGACCAGCACCCCAAGGAUCUUUCCAAAGAAAAUUGACAAGAGGCUUAAGGUUUUCCAAGACAUUACUCUUUCUUUGAGUCCUAGAGCCUGACUUAGUCUUAUCUUUUUAACCGUCUUAACUAAUUUAAUUUCUUAAGUUGUAUUCUUAGGUUGGAGAUGAACUUGUUCUCCAAUCUCCUUCACUCACUAUUCCGGUAGAAUGAGGGGUGGCAGUUUUUAUGCAUUAUUCACAUUUUAUGUUUGCCUCUCAACAAGGCUCAUCCACAUCCAUCAAAAUAAUAAUAAAUUCACUUCAGCACUCCACAACUUUUAUCCUGCUUCCUUUUCCUCCUAUAUUUCCUCCUUUUCCUGCCAGAUAUUCAGAAGGCACGGCAAAUUAAAACCAAAUCACCCACAGGGAUGGCCCAAUUUGUGCAUUCAUUGUCUUGAUAUGGCGAUUGGAAUAUCAA